CAUUGAAUCAACAGAAUUUCUCAUAACGCUCAAGAAAUCCCAAGAAACAUACUUGAUUACUGCUUAUAAGAUAUUAAGUUUACUACGAACCAUUUUACAAUAUAUCACACAAGUUACAUAGCAGUCACAAUGGGCGAGCUAGUAGAAGCACCUGCGGGAUCCGCGCCUUCGGCUCCAACAAAUUUCGCCUUCUCGCCUUCGUCGGCAAGCUAUAACCUGUCUAUGCGGGAGUAUCUGAUCGCCCACCCGGACUUCAAUGGCAUAGCUGUCGGUGCCUUUGUCUUCAACCCCGAAGGGAAAUUGCUCCUUGUCCAACGGGCGGCGCAUGAUUCGAUGCCGUCGCUAUGGGAGAUACCGGGUGGAUCAUGCGACUUCGAAGACGAGUCUCUGCUGCAUGGCGUAGCGCGCGAGCUAUGGGAGGAAAGCGGGUUAUGCGCCAACUUUAUCGGUCCCCUUAUUGGCGGACGCGAGGUGUUCUUCAUCCGGGAAACUCGGCGCAUGUGCAAGUUUUCCUUUCUGGUUGAAGUGGAUGGGUAUGAGGUGAAAUUGGAUCCGAAUGAGCACCAGGCAUUCUUGUGGGUUACCGAAGAGGAGGCUCAGAGUGGUGUGUGUGGCGAUGUCGAAUUCAAGUACACCUUUCGUGAGCAACGGCAGUCAGUCCUCAAGGCUUUCCAGUCCAGGAAGGAGAAGUAGGUAGCCUUGAGCUUUAGCGGAUAUGGCGCGUACGCGUACGAGUGCGAUUUCGGUCCUCGUUUGGUAGACGUUCAGAUAGACAGGAGGGGAGACUCGCUAUUGGUACAUGGAUCUGGUUGUAUUAGAGUACAUACAUGAGUAGAGGGCCAUACCUACCUAGGUAUCAGAUGUCACAUAUGUAUCUAGCUGUUAGGUUAAUGUCGACUAUUUCUUCAGUAUGUCGUCUCAUAAUUGCAGAGGAUGGGUGUGAUUGUUUCAUACAGGAUACCACUCUCGGUAUUCUUAGUUUCAUUGCAAUGAGUAGACUGGUGUUUAUUGAAUAUUCCGCUGUCGCUAUCUUCGUCAAAAUGGAUCAAGGUUGUCUGACAUACUACCUAGGUAGGUACUAGGUAAUAGGUAGGUAGUCAUUUGCGACGCAUCGCCACUAUCUUGGCAGGCUGCCAUUGAAGAGCCAAGUACUAGGUAGGCAGGACAUGCAUAAGGCAGUCAUGUAUGCGCCACGUUGUGUUGUCGCCUGUAACCCGGAAAGGCGAGACUAGGAGUAGGCAACGGACAUAAGGUCAGAAGACCUCAAUAUUGGUUGCGCAUGCCUCUUUUCCUCAUCGAGGCGUCUAUAAGCAACCGUGAGAUCCAUGAAAUCCACGAGAUCCAUG